CGCACUAAAACAGCAGCAUCAUCAAGUUGUUCCUGAAUCUGCAGCCAAACGAAGCGGUUCUCCUCCACUGUCUCUUUAAGAGGCAGCGAUGCAGCAGCAGACGCCUCAUUUCAUCUCCGGGCUCCAUGGCUGCAGGAUGGACUCUGAGCAGCAGCAGCAGCAGCAGCCGCAGCAUCCUCCUCUCCUCCUCCUGCGGGCACCACCGGCUGGAACCCAGGCUUGUCCACGACGCACCACGACCUCCACCUGCAGACAUGUUUGGCUGUGAGGGCUCCUAGCGUCUUUCUCUAGAGACACCGGUUGGAGACGUUGGAGGUCAUCAAUGUCUCUCACUCCGAGUCGGAAGCCCUCCUCAGGUCAGCGCAGGCGCUCAGUGGGAACCGGUGGCGGCAGCGGGAGAUAUUCCGGCGAUACAUCUAGUACCCACACCUACCCUGGUCGGGGCCGGGCAGCAGAGGAGAGCCUCAUAGCUCGGACGUAUCCCAGUACACCCAGGCGUCAGGCAAAGCACACAGCCUGCAGUGACAACCAUGGGAUCAGGCCCCCGACCCCGGAGCAGUACCUUACGCCCCUGCAACAGAAGGAGGUGUGUAUACGACACCUACGAGCCAGGCUGAGGGAGAACGUGGAAAGACUACAGCACAGGGACUGUGAAAUCGAUGAGUUGAGGAGCCAGCUGUACAGGAUGCAGGAAGACUGGAUAGAGGAGGAAUGUCACCGUGUGGAGGCCCAGUUGGCUCUUAAAGAAGCCCGCAAGGAGAUUCUGCACCUCCAGGAAGUGGUGGAGUCAGUGAGGUCGAACCCCGGUGUCCGUGAACAAGAACCUCACGACCACAAGCCAUACUCAGGGUUUCUGGGAGCUCGGCCUGGGGGCAGGUCUCGCUCCUGUGGUUGUUCACCAGCCAGCACUUUGAGCCGCAGCACCACUCACACCCGAAUGAGCAGCGAGGCUCUGCAGCUGGAGCGCAGCCCCAAUGCUCCUGAGACAAGUGGAGCGUCUCGCUCAGCAGGACAGACCCACCUCCUCCUGGAAGCGGCCCUCCUGUCAGAGCAGCUGCCAACGCAGGGCCACACCCGAGGCCCCCCUCGCUCUUCCACCUAUGAAAGGCUGUGCAGUGGGGGGGCCGUGCUGCCCGUCUCACACUCCUGCCACACGCUCAGCAGCAGCUGCAGGUGCAGUGGACACACCUACCACCCCCACCAUCACCUGUUCCUGCACUUACCUCAGGAGGAGGUCCCAGUAACAGCGGCGACUCCUGCAGUUCCAGUCAGUGACCCUAUCCCCACUCCUUCUCCUGCAGCCGAGAAAAAGCCAGAGGUCCGCUCUCAGGCCUGCAGCCCCACCAUGACCUGGCUGUGUGAGGAAAGCGUCGCAGAAGAACUCAGUGUCAUUUCUUUAGCCACAGCAGACGUCACCCCCUCAGAACCUCAUCUGUUUCCAUCGUCUUUACCUCCUGCGUCUCCUCCUUCAUACAGCUUAGAGAUGCUACCACGGGAACAACCGGAGGAGCUAGUAAAGAUGCCAGCAGAGCCACACACCUGCCAGCCCCACCCUACAGCUCCACUGCCAGUGAGGCAGGAGGCCACAGUACUGGAGAUAGAGGAGGACGACAGGGAGGAAACCGAAGGAGCAAGAGAUGACGGGCCUUCCCCUCAGCUGGGCCACUGGAGCCGCUACUUCCUCAUAGAUCUUUUGGCCUUGGCAGUGCCAGUGGUCCCCACCAUGGCUUGGCUGUGUCGAGGGGCACAACGGGACGUCAUGCCAGUGUAUCACAUCGGGUCCCUGCUCAGAGGUUGCUGCGCUGUAGCCCUCCACUCGCUUCGGCGGCAGGGUGCAGGCAGGGGACGCAGGCCCACGGACAUGAAUGGAACCACAGCAAUCUGACAUUAAGAAUACAACUUCUAACCUCUGCCGGCCACACAGCAACGACACUGCUGACAUGUUCAUCCCAUUUUAGUUAUGGCCAUGUUGCUGAUUAGGUUUUUAGAUUUUAAAGCCCUUGUAUGUUUGUGGACAUGCCUUAGACAACAGUGGAUUAGUUGUACAUUAUUAAAUACUUGCAUUACCUAAAUGUACUGUACUGACUGCUACUGCCUGCAGUUUCAAUGGUUUUCUCUUUAUUGCAAUUUGCAUGUAACCCACAAUGUGGUUUGGUUCUCCUGCUUGAAUUCAAAAGCCCCAACCUGGAUUUUAUAUGAAGAAAAAUAUUCAUAUUCAUUAUAUUAAAAAAAUAUGAGGAGACAUUGUCUGAAUAUUUCUCCAAUUUCAUCAUCUUUUUAACAUUAUUGAAAUAAUAUCACCAUAAAAAUCAUUCAAAAGUCUAUUAUUAGUUGACAGACUGAAGCAGAAAGGGAAUAGAUUUAUAGCACAGUGGGUAAAAAGCAGAACGCUAUGAUUUUGUCAUUCCACCCAUAAAAAUACUGAAUGUUUUACAGCUUUGACGUUCUUCAAGCUUGAGCAUGUGCAUCAAAUCUAGUUCUCAGGUGCAAAAACAGACAGAUCAGUGAUAUUUUGCCAAUAAACUAACUAUGAUGAGAGUUUAAAACUGUACCGACUCUAUUUCUUUACGUUUACCCUGAACAUCGACACUAAAUUUUCAUUUAAGCUGAAUCGAUAACCUAAAAAUAAAGAACAACAAAAACAACUUGAGGUGUGUCCGGUGAAUUUUACAUAACGUGAUGUCCUUAAAUGCACCAUCUGGUUACAUUUCUACAGUCACACGUUUCUAUGAAAUUUAAAGGAGAGGUAUUUCUUUAAGUUUUAACAUCCGGUACUUUGUGAUCACACAGCUGAAUGAAUGAAGGAGCAGUUUUCUUUGCUGGGUUUGUGAACUGUUUUUUUAAACUGCGAUGUGUUUUCAAAUUCUCCAUGAAAUGAAAGGUCUUUGCACAGCUGGAAGUAAGAGAGUUAUCCUGCGUGUCAGUGUGGGUUACUUUCACAGCAAUGUACUUAUAUUUAUAACCAUGUACAAUAUGUGUCAUAGUCUUUACAAGUGGCCCUUUAGUUUGUCGACUGAAAUAUUGUAACUACGAUGAUGUGCAGUAGAUUUCAGCCUUAUUAUGGGAAAAGAGCAAUGUUUUAGCUUUCAGGGAACUUUACCACAAGGUUUUACUAGUUUAAUCAAUGAUUACUGGUUCGUGUGAAUUCAAUUCAGUGGAAGACAAGAACAUCACUCAGUAGAGCGCAAACCUCCAAGGCCCAACAGUCUCCUUAAUGAACCCUUUAAAUUCACCAAAUUAAAUUGUAUUUGGAUCUGCACACACUCAAGAUAUCAGGCACCGAAACAUGUCUGAUUAUUUCCAUCUAGAUCCAUGAAUUAUUCUGAGAAAACUACAUAAAAACAAACCUCGUGAUGCCCCCUGAUCUGGAUCCAUAACCACAUUUUAAAAGGUUGUUCCCUGAUGUGUACUGCGUUCUUCCACCAAAGAUUGAUUGUAAUCUGUCCAGUAAUUUAUAUGUAAACAGAUAAACGCAGACCAAAAUGUAACCUCCUUGGCGGAGGAAACAAAAGUGUAAUUCAUCUGUGGUUGGAUUGUGACUGGAUUGAGUGUUGUGGUGUGUUGUGAACACUCUAUGACACUGUUACUACAUGAACUGGACUUUCCAUCAGUCUGUACUGAACAAAUGUAAUGGAGCAGUGAUUUAUUGUCAAGGAAAAAAAGACUAAUAUUGCAAAA